AUUUAAAAGAAACGAUAAUAAUAAUUUUGAUUCAAAUUUUAUAUAAAAGCUUUAUACGACAGACACUUUGUUGAAAAUGGUGAAGAAGACUAAAUCUAAAUCUCAAGGUAUUCCAUUAGACUUGGACAAUUGCGAAACAUUGGAGCACUUGAAGCCUAUUCCUAAGUCAAGAUCAUCUUCGAUUACAUCUAUUGAGUCGGACGAUGGGUCGAUUUCGUCGGUAUUAAAACCACCUCCAAGGAGGGAGUUUGAAGAAUUGACUGCUUUUGAAAGCUAUAUCCGUGAUGAGACAUGGGAUAAUGAUUUUGACUAUUGCCAUGCCCAUUUAUCUUAUUAUCCACCAUUUAUUUUGAAGGAGGUGCAUAAUAAUUUGGAUAAAAUCAAGCCAACGAUGAAUAAGAAUUCGAGGAAGUUUAGAAGACGCUUACAAAGUCACAUUAAGAGACACUUGAUGAUUGAGAUGGAGAAGUGUUCUGGUUUCAAGAUGGAUUUCGAUAAAGUUGGCAUUGAAGAAACCCCAACUUCAGUAGUUUAUAAGUUUGCUGAUAAUGGAGAUCAUGGGUUUGAUCCGGAUGAAGAGGAUUUGUUUGGUAGACAUUGGAAGUUAGAAUUAGAAGUUAAAUGUAAUAACGAGAAUCCUUUGGUUGAAGUUGAUUAUAAAGCCAUUCCAAUUGGAGUAUGAUCAAUCAUUCCAAUUGGAGUAUGAUCAAUCAUGUGCUGGUGAAACCCCUUUUUAACGACGUACGAUUUGUGUUCAUUUCAUU